CAAUCAGAGGAGAGUGGGCGGGGCCAGGAGGAGCACACAUGAGUUGUCAAACAGGUUUGUCUUCACAUUUGGAUACAUUCUCCUCAGCAGGGACAGCACGGAGGAUUUGUGGACUUAAAGACUGAAACGAAGACACACUCGGGAGAUUCAACCAACAUUCAAGGAAGUCCAAACGCCAAGAAGUUGAGGAGUCAUCUUUACCCUAAUUAAAUGGAGUCAACCAUGAGACAGCUUGACAAAGGCACAAGCACAGGAUAGCUUUGCAGUUUUAGCAGAACCAAGGAUUUUAUUCCAAGUUGAACAAAGAAAAACAGGAAGUGCACAGGGACAGGUUGGACUUCUAGUUUUUACAAAAUGCCUUCAGAGACGCUCCAACACCCGCUGAGGCAACCAGCAAGGACAGUUUUAGCUGCAACACCCCCACGCCUGCGCCCAAAGGGUCCAGUGGGUCCAGAUUUCUACCGGCAGUUCCCAGCAGCAGCAGGCAGACCAAAGCAGAGUGCAGUGGAGCGGCUGGAAGCAGACAAGGCAAAAUAUGUGAAGAGUCAGGUAGCUCUUUCUAAACAGCAGCCUGUGAAGCCUGCUGAGGUCCGGAAACCUCUCCUAAGCCCUGGAACAGCUCUGAGGCCCACCAGGAAGACCCCAACCCCUAUGAAAGCAAAGCAGGAGGGACUCCAGCUAGACUUGGCGCAUCUUAGCAACCUCAUCAGUGGUGUGACUGAUGGACCACAAUCCAGUGUGAAUGCAAAAGACAGACCUGAUGGUGCAGAAAGCUCGCCUCAACAGAUCCCUGCAGGGACGCCACAGAAAAAGGAGAGACCACGCCCCCCUCCCCGCCCUGAUUGGUCUAGUCCAGCUAAAGUGAGGUUAAAAGCCUCUGGUCCUGCAAGAGUUGAGAGUCCUGGUUCCCUCGGUCCAGCUGCAGGUACAGUACGCAGAGUGGAUGUCAUGCCUCAGGCCGGACCUGCAAGGACGCCCUGCAGACCGCCUCAGUUCAUCCGUCAGCCCCUUCAGCCUUUACACUCCCAGUCUCCGCUCCGCCCGGCUACCUCAAACCUUCGUGUUCUCCACCCCAGGUUAACAAGUCCUCUGAAACCUGUUGUAGCUGUUCCACCUAAACUUGAAAACCCAGCCUCUUCUCCAGACGGAACCCCCAUCCCUGCUCUACCUCUUCUGAACCUGCCUGUUUUUCCUCCUCCCUCUCCUGCGAUCACUCGUCUGUCUUCCUCCAGUUCUAGAAAACGCCCCUCUUUAACCCGGUCUAAAUCAGACAUGAGCGACCGCUUCUCCCGAGCCGGCACAGAGCUGGAGCGCUUCUUUAACCUGUGCGGUCUGGACCCAGCAGACCUGCAGGAGUGGACUGGAUCUAGCUCUGACAUUGUGUCUCUUGCACGUUUCCGCAGCGUGAGCGCUCCGGGGUCAGAGGUCGCAGGCUCAGGCAGAGAGGAGGAAGAUGAGGAGGAGGAAGAGGUUGCUGGAAAUGUUGCAGCCCGCGCUCCAUAUGGUGUUUCUGUGAUUGAGAGGAAUGCCAGAGUGAUUAAAUGGCUGUAUGGACUUCGUCACGACAAGGACAAUGCAAAUAAGAGUACAGAUUUAUAGAACUGUGUUGAAAUGGUCUGAAAUAAGCUUGAAAACAAAGUACGGACGAUACGUCAGAAAGACUGAUGUGAGUGCAUGAUUAAGCUGACAGUAACUGUGAUGUGAUGGAUACAGUUUUCUCCCACACCAACAUUUGCUUUCCAUGUUUGUUGAUUUUGUUAAUUGUUGUUUUUAUUUUUUACAUCAGAAGUUCAUGGAAAUUUGUGUUAUUGAAAGACAGAGUGCUAUUUUUACUUUGAAAACGUCUUUAAUUCUUUUGUUAAUGACCUGUCUUUUUUUUGAGUGAGUGUGUGUGUGUAUGUGUGUGUCCAUAAUACGGAUGCUGGAGAGUCAUCUCCGCUCACGUUCACACUCUCAGGCUGUUAAAGGACGCUAUUAAAGAUUGAAUGAUGAAAGCAUCUCA